AUGGUACAGCAAAUAGUAAUCCGGUUUUCAGAUGAUCAUAUAAGUGAUUUAGUGUUGGAUGUGACAAAUAUUAAUUUUAAUAUAAUAAAUACAAAAUGGCUAAGAAGAAUAUGUAGAGAUAGACGGCCUGAUGUUACAAAGAAUAGAAGACUGCGGUUUAUAAGGGCUGGUGGGUUAUUGAAUUCGAAUAGUGAUUUAAGUAGACAAUUAACAUCAUUUUUCAAUACUACACGGUCUAAUAGCCAAGACCAGAAUCAACCUAGUAAUACAAAUAAUGGAAAUAUACCUGAUGAAAGUUUAUUGGGCGAACGAGCUACAAGUUCAACUGAAGAGCAAUUUUUCAUACAUUGUACAGUAGGUGCAGAACCUUUGAGCGCGAGUGAAUUAGAAAAUGAGGAUACACUAGAUGAUGCCGGGCCCUCUAGCGAUGGUAUUACUACACAGGCUGUUGGCUUUGAUAGAUUACAAUCGUUAGGGUUUUCUGAAGAAGAAAUUGAACUGAUUAGAAAUCAAUUUAGAGAAACUUAUGGUGAUUUAGAAGAUAAUGCCAAUCAUAAUGAAGGGAAUAAUUCACAAGGAAAUGGGAAUAGAGAGACGGAUAUUAGACAAUUAGAAGAACAAUGGAUGAAUCAAGGCACAAGUAAUGGCACCGAUGCCAUGGGUAAUCCAAUAAAUACAGAAGAUGAUCGAUUCAAUUCAGUUCCUAUUGCUAAUUAUAAGCAAAAUCGAGAUCUACUGAUUGGUUUGUGUAUUGGGUUAUCAUUAGGGUUAUUUGCAUUGUUAUUACUAAGAUAUGAAGGGUUGUUCAAUACACGUCAGAAAAUGGCUAUAUGGGCUGGUGUGAUUGGUAAUAUUGUAUUUAGUUUUGCAAGGGGUUUUUAG